AUGAGUGGUGAGGGCCAGAACUCUGAUAAGCGCGUUGAAGAGGCAGAGGCGACGCACUCAAGCAAGGGCAGCGCCUCUCCAACAGAGAAGAGUUCUCACCUCUCUAGCAUGAACUCGCGACGGCCUGGAGCACGUCAUUCUUCGCAUUACGAACCAAAUCUUAAAACGAUUUAUCGCUGCUGUGAUUUCACUCGACCUUAUGCAUUGAAAGAGGACACUGUUGUCUACCUGAAGAGGGGUGAAGUGUGUUUAGCUCAUGUUCACAAGAUAGAUCGGAAGAAACUAGAUGUGUCUCUGUACAAAGGAUUGAUUUCCUGUCAAACACUCGAGCUUGAAACAAUUCCGUCAUGUCGUCGAAUUCGACGACUUGUAGAAGAGGUUCUGGUUGUGGACAGAGGAUUUUCUAUCGGUGAAACUGUGAUCAAAUUUGAAAACGAACAUAUCGGUAAUCCAGAGUGCGAGGAUUUAUGCAUACCGCGAUCCGAUGUUCUUAUAGGCCAAGUUUUAAAUGUUGAGGUCCGCGGUGACGUUUUAGUAGUCCCAUCUAAGAACCUCAUAGUAAAGAAUGUCUCUUUAGGAAACAAUGAAUAUACUGAAAUGGUUAACUACAACUCGGCGCAUAAUUAUGUGAUGUAUAAGGAUUGGAUAGGGAAUGCUAGCGAUUGUAUAAAUGACGUUACAUUAUUGUAUCGCGGCAGGCAUCGUUUCGUCGUCAAGGAAGGAGGACGUUCAGGUGUCUUUCUCUGUCGCCAAGAGCGUUCAGAUGAAUCAAAGGCUCUGGUACCUGGUGAACGAGUGUCUAUUGCCAUCAGCGAUGCACUCGGUCGGUCAGCUUCCUGGGAACAAAAGCCUCCCAGAACACUCACUUGUUCAAGGAGACGGCGAGGCGCAGAAGGAAUAAAGUGUAUUAUAGAGAAGAUCGAAACUAACUCUCUCCUGGUAGACUGGAUCAUGUCGCCUUCAUCUACUAUUAAACCACCUAAAGUGAUUCCCAAACAUGAGAUUCCAAAGGUAUCACGUAUUGACCCAUCUGCAAAUCCACGACCGAGUACAUGUGAUCGUAUCAAAAUAUUGCCAGAUGAUUCAUCAACGGUUGUUACCAUCAAGGAAUACUUUGCGAGUUUAACGGAACAAUACGGACGCUUUUUCAGGAAGCUUCUCGCGAAAGAUGAUAGGUCGACACGUCCUCAGUGUGAUAACUGCUCAGUUCCGGGCCAAAGAGAGAUCGAACGCGAUUCGUCCACAGUAAAAGCUGCGAAAAUUGCCCGUUUGUGUGAUGAUACUACUCCACAACAGGGUAAAGAAGGCGAUUCUGUCUCAGCCCACAACGUGGCCGAAUGUGAAAACAUGGAGUCGAAGGAAGAAGUUACCAAUGGCGAAGAAAUCUGGGAGUCAUCCGAAGAAAGUAGCGAUGAGGAUGAAACCCCUUCGAAAUGUGGUAGAUCAAGGGUGGCCGUAUGCCGAAGUGUUGUUCGACAGAAACGCAUGCGUAAGUGUCCAGCUCGACGCAGGAGGUGCACACCCGCCUUUCCUUUGGAAUCCUCUCGUUUGGCAAAAGAUAUACUUGGAAAUCAGUUUGUUGGGGAGGUUUUGAAGUCAUAUUCACUAGUGGAUGUGCAGUGGAUGAAUGGUACAAUUGAAGAGAAGAUUCCUGGUUAUCUGCUGAUUCCACACGAUCCUGACCUUGAUCAACAGGACCACUUACCAGGUGUCAUUGUAGCACGCAAAGAUGCGAAAAAUGUUGAGACUGUGUUCGGACUAAUACUGUCCACAAACAGCGCUGAAAGGUCUUGUAAUAUCGCAUGGUUUGAACGUACAGAAAAUGAUGUAAAAAACCUUGGUGAAGAAGAAUGCAUAUUGUUCGACAUUAUGGCUCACAUCCGAAUUACAAGCGGUUGGUUGCUCUUAAACCUUUAA